AUGGAAGCCGCAUUCGCAAAGACGUUCCUCUCGACCCUCGACGCGCGGCCCGUCAAGCUCUCCCCCGACCAUGUCGAGAACCCCAGGAACUUGCCCGCCCGGCCCUACAUCCUCCCCCGGAUGCCGGUCCCCAUGAGCCGCGCAGACACCUCCCUCCCCGGGCAGGAGCGCAGCGUCUCCGUGGCCGUCCGGUCGCUGCGCAGCCCGCCCCUCGACAUGACCCUCGCCUCGCAGCCCGUGAGCACGUCGGUGCUGGACAUCAAGACGCAGGUUUCGCGGCGCACCGGCAUCCCCGUCGGCAAGAUCAAGGUGCUGCACGACAAGCGCCCGCUGGCGGAUAGCAAGAUCCUCGCUGACGUGCUGGCGCCGGCGGACCGCAAGCUCGAGCUGUCCGUCAUGGUGAUGGGGGGUGCUGCCGCCCUGCCGGGGGUUGCUGCCUCGGCGGCGCCGGGGGGGCCCGCCUCGGGGGAGGAUGCCCUGACGACGGAUGCCUUCUGGGCGGACCUGGGCGGCUUCCUGACGCAGAGGUUGCGGGAUGAGCGCGCGGCGACGGACCUGGCGCGGCUGUUCAAGGCGAGCUGGGAGGCGAGUCGGGCGAAUGGAGGACUGCCGUGA